AUGACGGACGUCAAGAUGCAGGUCGAUAGCCCCCAAGAAACCAUCGAAGCGAUCAAACAUGGGGAGAUCGACGAAUCAUUGUAUAGUCGACAGCUAUACGUUCUUGGUCACGAGGCCAUGAAGCGCAUGGGCUCUUCCAAUGUUCUGAUUGUAGGUCUCAAGGGCCUAGGCGUUGAAAUCGCCAAGAACAUCGCCCUCGCUGGUGUCAAAUCCCUCACCCUAUACGACCCCGCACUAGUCGCUAUCUCGGAUCUUUCUUCGCAGUUUUUCCUUCAGCCAGAGGACGUCGGCAAGCCCCGUGCUGAAGUUACCGCCCCAAGAGUCGCCGAGUUGAACUCCUACGUUCCCGUUACAGUCCAUGAAGGCGAGAGCCUCGUGGGCGAUCUUGAGCAACUAAAGCGCUACCAAGCAGUGGUGCUCACACAGACGCCUUUGAAGGAGCAACUGGUGAUUGCUGACUUCUGCCACAAGAACAAGAUCUACCUCACAAUUACGGAUACCUUCGGUCUCUUUGGUUAUAUCUUCAAUGACUUUGGAAAGAACUUCACCGUGGGUGAUCCCAACGGCGAAGAGCCUGCUAGUGGAAUUGUGGCGGAUAUCGACGAGGAAGGGCUGGUUUCGGCACUCGAUGAGACAAGACAUGGACUCGAGGAUGGUGACUUUGUCACUUUCACUGAAAUCAAGGGCAUGGAUGGCCUAAACAACAGUAAUCCUCGCAAAGUCACCGUGAAAGGUCCCUAUACUUUCACUAUUGGCGACGUCUCUGGUCUAGGAUCGUACCAGGGUGGCGGUCUAUUCACUCAGGUCAAGAUGCCCAAAUUCAUUGAUUUCCAGUCAUUGGAGGAUCAACUUAAAAAGCCCGAACUUCUCACGUCCGACUUUGCCAAGUUUGACCGACCACAACAAUUGCACAUCGGUAUCCAGGCUCUCCAUAAGUUUGCGGAUACUCAUGAUGGCCAAUUGCCUCGUCCCCACAAUGAUAGCGACGCCCAGGAGGUCUUAAAGAUCGCUAACGAUCUCGCUGCGGCCGGCGAGGAAAAAGUUGAACUGGAUGAGAAGAUAAUCAAGGAGCUGAGCUACCAGGCCCGCGGUGAUCUGAAUCCGUUAGCAGCUUUCUUCGGUGGCAUCGCCGCCCAAGAAGUUCUGAAGGCUGUCUCGGGCAAGUUCAGUCCUGUGCAUCAGUGGUUGUACUUUGACUCUUUGGAGUCUUUGCCUUCAUCGGUCACUCGAUCUGAAGAGAGCUGCAAGCCUCUUGGCACCCGCUACGAUGGUCAAAUCGCGGUGUUUGGCAAGGAAUACCAAGACAAACUUGCCAAUGUCACCCAAUUCUUGGUCGGUUCCGGUGCUAUCGGCUGUGAGACACUGAAGAACUGGGCCAUGAUGGGUCUGGGUACGGGUCCCAAAGGAAAGCUUUACGUCACCGAUAUGGACCAGAUUGAGAAGAGCAAUCUUAACCGCCAAUUCCUCUUCCGUCCCAAGGACGUUGGGAGACUCAAGAGUGAAUGCGCGUCUGCGGCCGCUCAAGCAAUGAACCCAGAAUUGAAAGAUAAGAUUGUGACUCUUCGCGAUCGCGUCGGUGCCGACACUGAACACGUCUUUAACGAGGAGUUUUGGAACGGCCUUGAUGGUGUGACAAACGCUUUGGACAAUGUCGACGCACGGACAUAUGUUGAUCGCCGCUGUGUCUUCUUCCGCAAGCCAUUGCUGGAGAGUGGUACUCUGGGCACUAAGUGCAACACUCAGGUUGUCCUUCCUUUCAUCACGGAGUCCUACUCCAGCUCUCAGGAUCCUCCGGAGAAGUCAUUCCCUAUGUGUACGCUGAAGAGUUUCCCGAACCGCAUUGAGCACACCAUUGCCUGGGCACGGGAUGUCUUCCAAACCUACUUCGUUGGCCCACCUGAAUCAGUCAACAUGUACCUGUCGCAAUCCGACUACAUUCAGCAGACCCUCAAGCAGGCGGGUAAUGAGAAGCAAACCUUGGAGCACCUGCGCGACUUCUUGGUCACCGAAAAACCUUUAACUUUCGAUGAUUGUAUUGUGUGGGCUCGCCAACAAUUUGAAGCGCAGUACAACAACGCGAUCCAGCAGCUUCUCUACAACUUCCCCCGAGACUCCAAGACAUCAUCAGGUCAACCAUUCUGGUCUGGGCCCAAGCGUGCCCCUUCACCCUUGAAGUUCGAUAGCACCAAUCCUACUCAUAUCGGAUUUGUCGUUGCUGGGGCCAACCUCCAUGCGUUCAACUACGGUAUCAAAAACCCAGGUGCGGACAAGGACUACUACCGCAGGGUAGUUGAUGACAUGAUAGUUCCCGAGUUCACCCCGAGCUCGAAUGUCAAGAUUCAAGCCAAUGAAAACGACCCUGAUCCGAAUGCCCAGCCAGCUGGUUCGUCUACUGAUGAGGAGGAAAUUCAGAAACUGGUGGCAUCUCUUCCCUCGCCCAAGUCUCUUGCUGGUUUCUGCUUGCAACCAGUUGAGUUUGAGAAGGAUGAUGACACCAACCACCACAUCGACUUCAUCACCGCGGCUAGCAACCUCCGUGCAGACAAUUACGAGAUUCCUCAGGCCGACCGACACAAGACCAAAUUUAUCGCCGGAAAGAUCAUCCCGGCGAUUGCCACCACUACUGCCCUGGCCACCGGUCUUGUUGCCCUCGAACUGUACAAAAUUGUUGACGGCAAGGACGACAUCGAGCAAUACAAGAACGGCUUCGUUAAUUUGGCCCUUCCCCUAUUUAGUUUCAGCGAACCAAUCGGCAGCGAAAAGGGCAAGUAUCAAGGCAAGCAAGGCGAGGUCACAAUUGACAAGCUCUGGGACCGAUUCGAGGUGGAAGAUAUUCCCCUCCAGGAGUUCAUCGACUUCUUCGCCGAGAAGGGCUUAGACAUCACCAUGGUCAGCUCUGGAGUCAGCUUGUUGUAUGCAAGCUUCUACCCCCCAUCGAAGGUCAAGGAUCGCCUUCCUCUACCUAUGAGCAAGCUUGUGGAACAUGUCAGCAAGAAGCCGGUUCCCGAGCACCAGAAGAACAUCAUCUUCGAGGUGACUGCCGAAGAUCAGACAGAAGAGGAUGUCGAGGUUCCUUACGUGAUGGUCAAGCUCGCAAAAUGA